AUGACAGACCUCCGAGAGAGCUACUGCGGCUCGGAGGCCAGCUUCACGACAGUACAGCGCCAUGCUGCAGCCAUCGUGCAAGCCUUGCAACCUGAGGAGCCUGCGUCGCCUGAAGUUGAGAGCAGGGAGCAUUCAAGGGAGGAAGCCAGCCUGCCUUCGUCACCUGAUGCCAUCGCUUCACAGGAGAAAAUUCUUCUGGCUGCACGUCUUCAGGAGGACACCGAUGCCGCAGACACACGUGAUCUGCUGCAGUCCACCACAUUUCCGGAAGGGAAUGGAAAAGGAUGUGUGCCAAUUCCCAUCUGCACGAUUGAGAGCCACAGAGACCUCUUGAAGCGCGCAGAGGCAGCAAAACAGCGGUGCCAGACACUAGAAGCCGAGUUGCUGCUUGAGAAGGAGCAUGCAGAGCAGCACGCAGACGCCUUGCAGGAGGUAGUGCAACGAGCGCAAGCUGCUGAGGAUCGGGCGGAUGAGAUGGCUAUGGAGUUGGCGGCAGCCAGCGACAACUCAGAGCGGUUUCUGCUGGAAAAUGCAGCUCUGCAGGACAGGGUGGCCACGCUCGAAAAAAAUCUGCAAGAUACGAGAGGUGACCAAGGGAGAAGCGCGCAGUCCGCCUGGCAGGACCCACAGCCGGGUACGACAGACAAUGUGCAGCAGAGCCCCGCGCUGACACCGGCCGCCGGCGUGGGAGCUGCCGAGGUGCGCGGCGCCGACACGGAGACCGGGCGCAAGCGCGCGCGCCACAGCCGCUCCGGCGGCGUCGUCCCGAGGACGCUCGGUUUUGAAGACGCCGACUCAUGCGCUGCCGGGCAAGCCAUGCUGCCGCCGGCUGAUCUCCCUUCAGUGCCCGGGCUUGACAAUGACGCCACGGCUGAGGGCGCGCAUGGGAAGCCACUUGGGCUUACGGAGGUGAAAACGACGGGGAAUGAGGGUGAGAGGAAGGCAGCUUCAUCCGCGAGCUCGGAGUCGGAGGAGGAGAGCGCUUCCGGCGGCGGCGCGGCGGCGGCUGCGGCCAAGGCGCUCGCGCGCGUGAUGCGACUGCACUCGGAGCAGGCCCAGCUGCAGCGCGCCAUCCAGGCGAUGACGAGCGAGAGGGUGGCUCUCAUGGUGCGCCACGAGGCAGUGCUGGGCCGCUUGGAGGAGGCUCUGCAGGAGAAUAGCUCGCUGCAGGCGCUGCUGCUGGAGCAGGCAAACCAGGUCGGGGCCCUGGGGGCUGCCCAGGAAGCAAUCAGCCAUCAGGUGGAGGCCCAGAAGCAGCUGCAGAGCCUGCAGGAGCACGGCCUGCAGUCCCAGGUGCUUCAGCUGCAGCAGCAGGUGGAGGGCAGCGAGGAGGCGGCGGCCAAGUGGGCAGAGACCCACGACGCGCUGCAGGUCAUGCACGGCAAGCUGCAGCACGAGCGCGAGCUAGUCAUCGCCCUGCAGAACGAAAAGACAGCCCUGCAGGACCGGCUCGAGGCGGCACAGCAGACGCCGCCGCGAGUGCGCGAGGCGGAGGCGCGGCUGCGGUCGGAGCGCGCGCGCAUCGAGGCGCUGCUGGCAGAGAAUGCCGCGUUAUCCAUGCGCGCACAGCAGCUGCAGGAAGCUGCUGCUCUGCAAGACUCCCCUCUGCCUUUGACUGCUGAAUGUGGGCAGCAGAUGCGGGAGCAGGCCUUUCUGGAGGGGCACUGGCAGGGAGAUGAGGUGGAGCCCAGAGACCAGCUCUACAUGAUCUCGAUGGCGCUUCAGCACGAGCAGCAGCGGGGCAGCCACCUGAAGGCGCAGCUGGAGGCAGUUUCCGAGCAGCUGCUGGAGGCGCAGCAGGCGCUGCUCGACGAGCAGCUGCGCGCGGAUCACCUGGCCGGGCAGCGCGACUCGCUGGGCCGCACUCUGCAGCAGGCGCAGAAGGCCUUGCAUGAUUCCGAGCGCGAGCGCGGCCGGCCCUGGUCCGCCGACGACGCACGCCAGGCCGAUGUGCACAGGUGGGCCGCAGGACGGCAAGCUCGGGCAUUGCCAGUUGACCCUGCAGCAGCUGCGUCCACCGAGGCAACGCCGGAGAAGGCCGGGCGGCCUAAGCAGCCCGUCGGGCAGGGCAGCCCUGGCAGCCAGCAGAAGCUGUCUCCCGGCCGUGAGAGGAUGGCCCGGGAGCUGGGGCAGGCGCGGCAGUGGCUGGUAGAAGCCGUGGACCACCGAAACGCCCUGCAGCAGCAGCAGCAGGAGCUCCAGGGGCAAGUUUCUGCGCUGCAAGAGGCGCUGCAGCGAGCCGGGGGUGCGGCGCAAGCCAUCCCCGAGGCGCCAGCUGCCACACCGGCUCAGGGCGGCAGGAUAUCCGACAGCGCGCUGGCGUCACUGGUAGAGAGCACGCCGUCGGACCUGGGCGACUGGCACACGCAGUUGCAGCGCACGGGCCCCCAGGAGCUCAGCUUCGCGAGCCCCAGCAGCCGCGGUGACUCGGCGCUGACUCAGCGGCCGUCAGUGGCCGGGCGGUGCCAGCCCCGGCCGGCCGUCACGCCCCUCAGCGCCCACAUCAGCGCCCUGCACCACCGCCUGAAUACCCCGCUAUCAGCCGCUGCCUGCGCGCGGCUGGAUCUGGGCAGCAUUUUGGGCAGCGGCUCGGGCAGCGCAUCAUCACUGAGCCGCGGGUGGACGCCGAGCGCCUGGGACUCAGCAGCCCUGCAGCAAACAGCAGCAGCCAAUGGGCGAGACCAAGGCUCGGCCAGUGGCAGCUCGGGGCCCGGCCUGACCCCUGCAGCAGACGCACUGAACCCGCUCUUUGAUGAGGCACCGACAAGCAGCAAAUCUGCCGCCGAGAAGACGGCCAAGGCGGGCACCACUCGAUUCGCUGCCGCUUCAGAGAGACAGGAGGAGGUUGCCAACAUGCAGGAGACGAUCAAUCAGCAGUCGGCUGCAGCUGAUCAGUGUCGACUAGCACAGGCAGAACUUGAGGCACAGCUCAGAGACGCCCUGCGCAAGAUAAGUGCGCUCACAGUGGCGCUUGAAGUGGCGACGGCCGAGGCACAAGCGGCGAGGAAUCUGGCGGCCGCAGCCGGGGAGGAUGCCGUGGCGGCAAAGCUGGUGUCAGAAGAGCUGUCUCUGCAGCUGGAGAAUGCGCAUGAGCAGCUGUCGCUCGCGCAGCAGGAGGCACGCCGCCUGAUGGACGCCCAAGUCUCUGCUCUGGCGCCGUGCACAGGACCGGCAGAGGAUACCAGCGCCACAGACGCGCUGAUGGCGCGGGUGCGCGCGCAGAACAUGGCGCUCCGCGCAACGCUCGACUCGCUGGCAAUGGCCCGCUCCGAGCUGGCCGCCUCGCAGGCCGACACCCGCCAGCUGUCGCGCAUCAUCGAGGCGCUGCACGCAAACCACCUGCGCCGCUCUCUUGCGCCGCCGCAACCCUCGCCCGCGCGAUCCGCGCCCCGGCCGCCGCAGGCGGCCCCCGGUGCCGGCAGCGCCAUGCACUGCGGCUCAAGCGGCGGCCGCAAUUGGCCCCAGUCUGCUGGAUCCCCGCUUGGUGCCACAGCCAGUCAGGGCGGAGGAGCGAGCUUGCAAUUUCAGGAAGGGGAGGUGUGGGAUCAGCUGGCGCUGAAGAGCAGCCGGCUGGAAGCGCUCGAGGCGGAGCUCGAGGUGGCGCGCUCGCAGAACGCGGAGUGGCACCGGCUGAUGGCGCUCUAUGACCGCGAGCGCGCCGCCGCGGCCGACCAGCGGCGGCAAAUCCAGGAGCUCGAGCAACAGGUUGAGGCCUCGCGCUCUGAGCUGCCAACCCCGCAGGAGCAAGAAGCGGCAUCUGAUGCCGCUGAGGAGGGUCAGGAGCGGCAGGAACACCUCAUGACAGAGCUUGCGCAGGCCCAGUCCGAGCUGGCUGCGCUGUCACAGGACCUGCAGGCCGCCAGGCUGGACGCGCAGACAUCGCAGCGUGAGACGCAGCGCGCCUGCUCCGCUCUGGUGGAUGACGAAGCCGCCAAAGCAGAGAUCGAGAGGUACACCCGCGACCUGCAAGCCGCCUGCCACGACAGGGAAGAGGAGCUCGCACGCAUGAAGGGGCAGCUCGCAGCGGAGCAGGCAGAGAAGGAUAACCUCGGCGUCGCGCUCGGCGAUCUCCAAGCGGAGUCCGAGCGGCUGCGCGCUGAGGUGGCAGAUCAGGCGGCUGAGCUGGCAAAGCUGCAGCUGGAGAGAUGCUCCCUCCAGGACAGCCUAAACACUGCUGCUGCCAAGCUGGCCGCCGUGCCUGCACUGCAGCAGCAGCUUGCUGUGGCUCGCGGUGAGUUACAGGGGCUGGAAAGGGCUCUGCAUGAGCAGGGAGGCACAGAGGCGGCUCUCAAGGAGCAGGUGGCGACACUCAGCCGGCGGCUUGACGGCAGCCAGAAAGAGGCUGAAGCCGCGGAAACGGCGGCGGCAGGCCUGAAGACGGAGCUUGCACAUGCGAGCGAGCGCGCUGCCGGCUUGCAGGGGCUCUUUGACGCGGCGCAUGAGACAGCAGAGGGGCGCACAGCGGCGCAGCUGCACGUAGCUGCGAUGGAGGGACAGCUGGCCGACAGCCAUGCCGAGGCACACGCAGAGCAGACGGCGUUGGACGCUGUUCGGGAGGAGCUUGCGCGCUCCCAUGAGCACGCUGCCAGCCUGCAGGCUCUCCUCGACGCCGCACAUGAGACAUCCGAGGAGUGUGCGGCACUGAAGGAGCAGGUCAGCAAGCUAGGAGGGCAGCUGGCGGGAAGCCAAGCGGAAGCUGACGCAGCGCAUAAGAGCUCAGCAGAGCUGAGGAUCCAGCUGGCACAGUCUCAGGAGCACACUGCCAGCCUGCAGGCUUUGCUGGAUGCUGCGCAUGGCUGUGCUGAGGAGUGCGCAGCACUGAAGGAGCAGGUCGCUGCCUUGGAAGAGCAGCUGACAGCAAGGCAAGCACAGGCUGAUGCGGCGUGCGAGGCUUCAGAGGCCUUGGAGAUCGAACUGGCCCAGUCUCGCGAGCAGGCAGCCAGCCUGCAGGAUCUCUUGGAUGCUGCACAUGGGACUUCUGAGGAGUGCGCAGCACUGAAGGAGCAGGUCGGCUGGCUGGAAGGGCAGCUGGCGGCAAGGCAAGCUCAGGCUGAUGCGGCGUGCGAGGCUUUAGAGGCCCUGGAGAUCGAGCUGGCAGAGUCUUGCGAGCAGGCGGAAAAGCAAUCCCAGGAAUGUGCAGUAUUGCGUGAGCAGAUCAGCAACCUUGUGGGCAACUUGGCUGCCAGAAGGGCAGAGGUUGAUGCCGCCCGCCAGGCUUCAGCAGCUCUGGAUGCCGAGCUGGCACAGUCUCACGAGCAGGCUGCCAACCUGCAGAAACUCCUGGACGCUGCGGAGAGAAGAGCUGAGGAGCAUGCGGCAUUGCGCGUGCAGCAGAUCAGCGCCCUUCAAGGGCAGUUGGUUGCCAGCCAGGCUCAGGUUAAUGCCGCCUGCAAGGCUUCAGGAGCUGUAGAGAAUGAGCUUGAGCAGUCUCGUGAGCAUGCCGCUAGCCUGCAGAAACUCCUGGACGCUGCUCACGAGGCCUCCAAAGAGGUUGCAGCACUGCGGCAGCAAAUCGGCACCCUCUCAGGCCAGCUCUCAGCCAGCCGGGCAAAGGCGGCCGCCGCGCAGAGUGCAUCCGCCACUCAGCAGCGUGAGCUGAGCCAAUCACAGGACCGCGCUGCCAGCCUGCAGAAACUCCUCGACGCAGCCCACGAAGCAGCCGCACAGCAGGACACUCUGACCCAGCAGCUCGCAGCCGUCACCAACCAGCUGGAUACGAGCAAGGCAGAUGCAGAGGCCGCGCGCACCUUGGCUGAAAGUCUGGAAGAGCAGCUGGCACAAUCUCGCGAGCACUCAGCGAGUGUGCAGAAACUCUUGGACGCAGCCGACGAGGUUGCCGCACAGCAGGAGGCUCUCAACCAACAGAUUGCAGCUGUCACUGGCCAGCUGGAGUCGAGCAAGGCAGAAACAGAAGCCGCGCGCGCUGGGGCCGACAGCCGGGAAAUGCUUCUGGAGUCUCGCACGCACUCAGCAAGCCUGCAGAGGCUCGUUGACGCAGCCCACGAGGCAGCCGGACAGCGAGACACUCUCACCCAGCAGCUCGCUGCUGUGACAAGCCAGCUGGGAGCAGACAUGGCAGAGGCACAAGCUGCGCGCAGUGCAGUGACGAGCCUGGAAGAGCAGCUGGCACAGUCUCGGGAGCACUCAGUGAGCCUGCAGAAGCUCCUUGACCCAGCCCACGAGGCAGCCGGACUUCGAGACACUCUCACGCAGCAGCUCGCAGCAUUGACCAGCCAGCUGGCAGCAAGCAUGGUAGAGGCACAAGCUGCGCGCAGUGCAGUGACGAGCCUGGAAGAGCAGCUGGCACAGUCCCGGGAGCACUCUGUGAGCCUGCAGAAAUUGCUCGACGCAGCUCAUGACACGGCAGAGAUAUCGGCCGCAGAGGCUGCCUCGCUGCAUGGGAGUUCGGCGGAGCCCCUUGAGCUGGCCAAGCGCCUUUGCAGCGCACAGCAGAGCCUGGCCGCUAGCCAGGAGGAGGUCCGCGCACUGCAGCAGGCCGCAGCUGGCGCUGCACAGGUGACGGCCACUCUUGAGAGCGACAUCUCCCGGCUGCAAGAGGAGAACCUGGGGCUCUGCGAGGAAAUCAGCCAGUGGCAGGAGCGGGCAGCUGGUCUUGUGGGCGCGGUUGCGGCGCUGGAGAGCGAGAUCCGUGAGCUGCGGGCCGCCGCUGAGGUGGCGGCUGACGCGGCAGAGCGCGCACAGCGCAGCACGGUUGAUGCCCGCGCGGCCGAGGCGGCCGAGCAGUCGCGGGCGCUCGAGGCGGCGACGGCCAUGGCGGCCGGCGGCGCGCGGCGCAUUGCAGAGCUAGAAGCAGAGCAGACUGCCCUCCGCAGCGAGGCUGCCUCCGCCAGUGCAGCUGCUGCAGAGGCAGAAGAUAAAGUGCAGACCCUCAUACUGACACUGAUGGAAGCACACAAGGAGAUGUCCGCCGAACGAGCCUCGGCGCAGCAGGAGAGGGCACAAUUUCUUGCGAAGCACGAUCAGAGCCUGUCGCAGCUUGCGGUUGAGUGCGAGGCUGCCAGGAGUGAGGCAGCUGAGAGCGCCAGUAAGGUAAAUCAGCUGCAGGAGCAGCUGGGUGAGGUCAGAGAGCAGCUCAGGAAGGCAACGGUGGAGAAGCAGAGGCACCAGCAACGGGCCGCCCUGCUGAACGAGAGCGUGCAGGAGCUUCAGGAUGAGCUGUUCCAGGUGAAAGCCUCGGUGGAAGCCAUGUCCCAGGACCUGCAGGAGAAGCACGCCGCGCUACGGGCCGAGGCUGACGGGCUGCGCCAGCUGGCUACAGACCGAGGCGCGGCGAUAAAAGUGCUCGAGCGGGCGGCCGAGGUUCAAGAGGCCCGGCUGCGGGCUGAGGCGCGGGGCCAUGCGCAGGCGGCGGCCGCGCUACGUGACGAGGUGUCGGCCACCAAUGCGCGCGCGGACGGGCUGCAGAAGCUAUUCGACUUUGCCCAGGCUGAGAUCGCUGGCAAUGCAUCUACGCUGAGUGCUGACCAGGCGCGCGAGGCGUGGGAGAAGCUGCGGGCGGCGGAGCUGCAGCACUGGGCCGAGCUGCUGCAGGCCGAGCAGCAAGUCACCUCGCUGCUGCGCCAGCGCAUCACCGCCCUGGAGGCCGACACAGCAGAGCAGCGCAAGCAGCUCUCCCGAGCGCAGUCCGACAGCGCAGCCGCCGACCGCCGCGCUGCCGAUCUUGCCGAGCAGUGCUCUCUCGCGGAAGCGCGGUCGACCAAAAUGCAGCUGCGCAUUGAGGAGCUAUCUGGUCAGCUCAGCGGCAUGCGGGCAGAAAACGAGAAGAUAACAGCGCAGAGGAGGGCCCAAGAGAAGAAGAGUGCCGAGGUGAAGCAUAUGGUAGCAUCAAUUCUGGAAGACGCGGCGGAUCUGGAGUCCCGGGCGCGCCGGGCCGACGUCGCGCGGCAGGCGGCUGUGGAGCAGCUGGCACGUGUGCGUUCGGCAGCUGCCAGCAUGUGCGAGGAAGCCGCCGACGCUGCGGCCGCGCUCGAGGCGGCCGCCGCAGAAAGGCAGGCGGCCGAAGCAGAGUCUGAGCAGCUGGCGCAGCAUGUCAGUGCACAGCAGGCGGAGCUGCAGUCGCUGCGGGCCAAGUCUGCGCUGCUGCAGAGCGCGCUCAGCGCGGAGAAGAGCCGGGCGGAGGCGGCCACCGCAUCCGUGCAGGCUGCCUUGCAGGCCGCCCUGUUGGACCUGGACAACAGCCGAACCCUGCUCGAAGACACCCAGGCUCGGCUGGCGGGCGCAGAGGAGGAUCUGGAGACAUCUGAGCAGAUCCGCGGCCUGGAGAGGAAGAGGGCCGACGAGGCCCAGGAGGAGCUGGAGGCGGUGAGAGAAGCGCUGCAGGCUGCAGAGCUCAACACCCACUCCCUCAGGCGGCAGCUGCACGAAGCCCAGGCCCGCGCCAGGGCAGGCGAGGAGAACCAUGCAGAGGCGCUGGCGAGCGCGGAGAAGCACAAGGUGUGGGCCGAGGCGCUGGCCGCAAAACUGCGGUCGGCCGGCACCGACCUGGCCGCGCUGGAAGCCGAGCGCAUCGCUGCGUUGUGGAAGGCCGACGCGCCCCUCAAGGCCCUGCAGCAUCGCCCCGAGCAGCUGCAACGCCGCGCGGAGGCUGCAGAGAAGCAGGCAAGCAUGGCGGCUGCUGAGGCGGACGAGAGGCUGGCGCAAGUGAAGGCGCAGGUAGCGGAGCAAGACGGUGAGCUGCAGAGGAUAGGCCGCGAGAAUGCUGUAGAGCGCGAGGCCCUGCGCAGAGAGGUGCAGUCCAUCAGAGACGCUCUGCAGAGGGCGCAGGCUCAGCAGGAGCACGCACAGGCGGCCAGCAGCGCCAGCCAGGCAGAAGCAGGCUCCCUGCGCAUGCAGCUGGCGGGUGCGCAGGCUCUCUGUCAGCAGCUGGAGCAGGACGUUGCAGAUGCGCAAAAUGGCGAGCAGGCAGCCGCCGCAGCGCUGCAGGAUGCUCGGCAGGAGCUGGCGGCGACGCAGCGGCGGGCCGCCACGCUCGGGCUGCGGCUCGGCGACAGCCGCGCGCGGCUUCAGCGCCUGCAGGCGGCGCAGGCGGCAGCUGCCUGGCAGCUGCCGGAAGCUUCCUCCACAUCUCCGGACGCCGCCGCCGACAUCUCCAGCAAUGCCGAGGAGCAGAAGUCAGCCACAUCGGUCCCAGAGGGAGAGGAGAUGGUCCAGGAGCUACAGAGGCAGCUGGAGGAUGCACAGGCGGCCUUGUCAGCGCAGGCAGAGGCGGCGGCACAAGAGCAGGCCCGCCGCAGAGAUGCAGAAGAGCAGUGCGCCGCAGCCCAUGCCGAAGCGCGCCAGCUCUGGCAGGAGCUCCAGGACCUGCAGGGCCGGCUGCGCGAGGCGGAGGCGGCUGCCGUGUCGGCCUCUGCAGAGGCAACAGAGCUGCAGGGUGCACUCGCAGCAGCACAGGAGGCCAAGGCGGCAGCGCAGGCGACUGCCGAGGAGGCCGCGGCGGUGUCGGACGCGCUCUCACACCGCGCGUCGGAGGCGCAGGGGGAGAUGAGCCGGGCGCAGGCACUUGCAAAGAAGGCUCUCGCCGAGUGCGCGGCCUCCAAGGCCACACAUGCGGGUGAGCUCACGGCCCUGCGGCAGCAGUGCGCAUCUUUGGAUGCGGCUGCGGCAGAUCUUGAGGAGCAGCUGCGCCAGGAGAGGCACAGCCGCGCCACAGAGGUUGCCGCCGCCCACAAUGCGCAAAUCAAACUUGCGGAGGCGUGUGCAACGUCAGGCGCCAGCGGAGAGUGCUCGGCACAGCAGUAUGGUGCUGAGCAAGAGGCUGAGAUCCAGAGCCUGGAGGCCAUGGAGCUGAGCUCAGAGCUGGCGGCCAAGGAGGGGCGGGUGCAGGAGCUGCUGACCAGCGUGGCGAGCCUGCAGGAGGAGAAUGCAAGGCUGUGGGACGAAGCGCAGCAAGGCCUGUCCCUCGCUGAUAACAUGGCUGAGAUGCACCAACGUUUUCAGGAAGAGUUGGACAACGUCGCCCGGCUGAAAGAGAUGAACCAGGAGAACGCCUGCCUGCGCCAGGAGAACACCUCUUUGCGUGCAGCGCUGGCGCAUGCAACGCCUCAUGCUCUCAGUGGCCAUCCACCGGACGCCGCCGACGCUGACGGCCUUGGAAGUUUGCCCAGAAACUUGGGCUCAGCCUUCACGCUCGCAGCUCAGCAGUCAGACAGCAGCGCGCCGUCCUCACCAACAGGCACAGUGGGAGAUGCAGCAUCCACCAGGCAAGAGCCCGGCAGCUGCCCAGGGGCCGCCAGCGGCUCCGAGGUCAGCAGCGGUGCUGCCUCGCCAGCGCGGCCAUCUGCAGAGGCUGCCAGCUCUGGUGUGGGGCCACUGUUCCUCGCCUUUGACUCCAGCCCUUCACCAGAUCGUACUGCCCCUGGACUGCACAGCAAACCUGGAACCAGCCAGGGACGUGCGAUCCGCUACUGGCAGACAGCAGCAGCGUCGGGCGAUGGCGAGGAGGCAGCCCAGCAGCUUACGCCGGUCUUCGUGCAGCCGACGCCACAGGCCAUUCCAGCCUGGCGCGAGGAGAGUAUCCGGCAGGGCGCCUCGGUAGAGAACACGCCCCGCAGCGCGGCCGAGCAUGCGCACCAUCUCGUGGCACAGCUGUCGGCGCAGGUCGCCGCUGUUCGCACGAGCGCCGAGCGGCAGCCGCCGGCCGUCUCGAUACAGACUCCCCCGCCCUCCCGCCUGCGCCACUCUUCUGGAGCAAGCAUAACUCUGCCGGAGGCGCAGGAGGGCACAAGCGAGAUUGGCACUGCGGGGCAGCCGGGGGCAGAUCAGCAGUGCACGCCCAGCGGAGGGAACGCGGCGGGAGACGGGGAUGGCGGGCUGGUGCGGCGGCUGCGCGCGCAGCUGGGUCGGCUGUCAGGCAACCGCGGCGGAUGCCCUCCAGGCACGCCGAUGUCGCUGGCCGCCGACCGCCGCGUUGCCUUCCUGCGCGCCAUCGACCGCCUGGAGGCCAUCCAAGCGGAGAACAGCAGGCUCUGGGCAGCACUGGAGAGCCAGAGCACGGCGCAGGCUUCUAAGGCGGGCGCGUCCGGGUCGGCCGCGGGAGUGUGCGAGCAGUAUGCCGCCAUGUGCCAGCGCAUGGAGGCCAUCCUGCGCGAGCGCGCUGACGUGGCGGCCCGCCUGUCCGCAGCGCAGGUCAUGAUGCAGCAGCUGCAGGGGGCGGUGGAGACGCUGGGCCAGGAGAAUGGCCGGCUGGCGGCGCAGGUGGCGCAGCUGCAGCACUCAGCCGCCGGCACCGAGCAGGCGCACAGCAAUGCUGCCGCUGCCGAGGCGCAGGACCUGCGCGCAGAGGUACAGCGGCUCAAGCUGGAGCGCAAGCUGACCAAGGCGGUCGCCAAGGUGGCCGUCGCCAUCGUGAGCGACAUGUGCUCCGGCGGCGCGGACGCGGUGAAUGUGGCGUUGAGGCUGGGUGAGCUGAUGCGCGCCCACCAGGAGCUGCUAAACAGGAUGGGCAUAGCGCCCAUGUGGGCCACGCUGCUGGCGCUGGCGCACAAUCCGCCCAAGCCUGCUGGCCAGGUCAGCGCUGAGCUGGCGGCCAGCGAGGCGCAGGCGGCCACGCUGCAGGAGCAGCUGCAGAAGCAGGCGCAGCGCGCCAGCCGCUACAAGGAGCGCGCUCGCCAGCUGGAGGACGUGGUAAUUCGCCUACGCCAGCAGACGCGAGACAGCGAGGACGGCUGCGCAACAGCGGCGGCGGCGCACGACGAUGCGCUGCUAUCGGCGGCCAGGGAGGUGGCCGGCGUGGGCCGCGCGCUGUGCGAGGCUCUGCCGCAGCUGUGCACGGAGGAGGCAACGCCGCCUGACGCCAACUGCAGCACCUGCAUCGAUUGCCACGCCCUGCUCCACCUGCAGGUGGAUCGCCUGAAGUGCCUGGUGCACCGCGUCACGCUGCAGCAGCUGCUGGGGCAGGACUACGCGCAGCCGCCGCAGCCGCCGUCGGGCCACCUGCACGCGCUGCUGGAGCAGCCGCCGGACCGCGGCAUCUCCGCCGAGUCCGUCGCCGACCGCAUCCUGGAGUGGGCCGCCGACAGGCGACCCCAGAAGCCCGCCGCCCUGCCGCAGCCUCCGGCCCCGCCCUCCCCUUUGGCUGACCACGAUCUCCCGCGCAGCAGCCCAUGCUUGAAUGCGGACGGCCCCCGCUUUGCAGCCACUCUGGCAGAGGUGGGAUCUGGGCAGGAGGAUGAGAGUGGGACUCAAUCGGAGGCCUACGGCCGGCGCGCCGGUGCGCGCGGCCGGGGCCGAGGCACGUGGAGGGAUGGAGACGACAGCGGCGCCGCAUCUGUCAGCAACAGCGACCGGGCCGAGGCAUCAUCUUCCUUCGGCAGCCCCGCAAAGGACACAUCGGCCGACAGCAGCCAGAGGAGGGCUGUGGAGGCAGAUCAAGAGGCAGAGGAAGCAUUUGUUGCGCAUGGUGAUGAGGGGCAGGCGUUGCCGGAGGCCGGUUCCGCCGCGGGGCAGGCGAGGGCGGCGGAUGUUGGGCAUCUGACGCCGACGGCCAUGCAUGCCGGCGCGCGCGUGGCGGAGGCUCGUGCCAAGGCUGCUAAGCUUGGUGCGCAGCUGGACCGAGUUCUGGCAGUGCGUGCCGGCGGCCCCCUGGGAUGAGGUGCCACAAUAUGACAGAAGCAUAUGCUCAAAAUUUGGCUCACGAGAGGUUGAAGCCACUGUACCAGCCGGCAGAAGGUUUCGUAGGACUGCUGUACAUGUCUAGAUGUUUUUCUGGUCCGAGCAUUCUUGGAUCUCAGACUCUGUCAGGGAACGAAUGCAUGAGACGAUUUCCUAAUGUCACAACGGUUGCUCUUAGCAGUUCCGGGUACGUUAGCACGGCACGCGUCUUGAAGACCAAUAGGAUGGCACAUUUUAUUGUAGCUUACAUGUAGCAAUCGUGGUGUGUGGUGUGUGAACCUUACUGUAGAGAGUCUAGGUGGUCUGUGCAGGUUUUACACAUUCAAUCCUAAUUAGCUAGAGCGGCAUCCCAGCUUGAGACCAGCUUGAUCAGUGCAUUCGAAUUUGCGGUGCUUUGAACAUGUACAUACUAGCCCAUAUCCCCAUAGGCAAUAUAUUGGACUCC